AUGUGGAUACCACAUACAAUACCAAAGACAACUUUUCACCUGUUCAUUCCAUCAGAUGAAAUUGUCUCUUGCCGGUUGUUGGUGAAUGAGGUCGAACAGGUUAUAAGCUCUGUGAACUUUAGCUGGGCUGAUUGUAUGCCAAAACCGUUAAAGUUACUUUGCUUGGAUAAUAUCGCCAACCAUUUUUCAUGGUACCCCGAUCAGUUGUUCGAGUGGAUUACUCCUAUAAACACAGAGUACUUCGUGGAAACACUGAGUACUAGUUUACCGAUAGCUUUAGUCAUCCACGUCCCGGGUGAUGAAUAUUGGCGCCGCCGGUAUGUCGGUACAUGGCCAAACGACGUUAUAUCAACAAGGAACCCUGCAGUCUCUGUCAAAAUUGUAUACAUAACCAAAUACGUAUCGGAUAUUAUUGAAAACUUGGAACCGGGUUACGUCGAUGAAACGGAGCUUUCUGAUAUAUUGAUGGUUUGCAGCCCAUACGUUACUGCGAUAGAUUGCCAACAGCUUCGUAUCCAAGGUUCGAUGGUACACACAUUGGCGAUCGAUGAACCUAAGGGAAUUUUACCCCACGAUCCGAUUCACAUAGAUAUAAGUUUCGUGUUGGGUAUUUUAAAAAACAUUCAGACCCUAAGCCUGGUUUAUGGUUCUAGGACAUUCACAACUAAACCCCCGAUGUAUAGUCCCGAACAGUACAGGUUCAAUAUUGAUGACAUGGACACGCUCGGCCGUGGCUUGGUAAUAUCGGAACACCUGACAAGUCUGGCUAUUACUAAGAGUGAAUUAAAUAUGCCAAAAUUCAACAGGCUACUACCAUAUUUAAUGAAGUGCCAUGGUCUCGAAGAGAUCAACUUUUCGUUUUGUAAACUAAGUUCUCUAGGUGGGAAAUCGGUAGCACAUUUUGUAAAAACUGCGAAAAUGUUAAAGCUGGUGAACUUAUGCGGUAAUAAUAUCGGUCCAGAUGGAGUAGAAUCUUUGUCAUUUGUGAUUUUAUGGAGGCGAAAUAACAACUACCCGGCAAUUGAGUUAAAUUUAAAUAUGAACAAUAUAAGUGAUAUUGGUGCCAAAUAUUUAGCAUCUGCUUUAGCAUCAGGAGUUCAACCUUUGACUAAACUUCGGAUUCGUAAUUGUAAUAUAACUGAAAUCGGAGGAUUAAACAUUGCUCAGUCAUUAGCAUAUGAUCGUGGAUUACGUGCUUUAGAAAUAGAUAACAAUCCAUUAACAUUGGAAGUGGCUAAUGCGUUACACACAACGUUGAAAACGAAUUUGAAUAUUAUGUACAUAUCUAUUCAAAAUUGCAACUUCCCACAGAGCAUCACAAAUUUCCUGAGCAGAGUAGCGUUUUAUAAUAGACACGGAAAACGCUCCGAGUUGAUCUACGUAGAUUUCGAAUACUUGUGUUAUGAUGAUGACGAAGUAGAACAGGAAAAUAUUUCACUAGAAGAAGGGACAAUGGAAUCAGAGACUAUGGAAAAUGAUGUGAAGGAAGGAUUAAUAUAA